GAGGUAAUAUCAAAAAUACCGAUGAGAUCCUUCAUGGGAGCGCUUUUCGCUAGUUUGUUGAUAGUACUGAUCGCGUUAACAGUACAAGAGCCUAUCGAGUCGAUUUAUGAUACGGAUCGUUUCGUAGCCAGCGGACCCGUCAGCUAUGCCAAUUUCCAAAAGAAAUGGUCACGACUGGAGCCCAGCAUAAGAUUCUUCAAACGAACGCCACAAUCACUGUACGGAUAUGAGAAGUAAAGAUCAAGCAGACAAUUCCAGUUUAUUUAGAGUUCCCCCCCCCCCCUUAUUCAGUGAUUGAUUUAUAUUGCAUAUCAGGUGGCAUUACAGAUGUCUGAUACCCAUAAAUUAUUGCUAAUGUACUGUUCAGCAUCGCAUCAAUAAAAGUGUU